AUGACGGAUAACGCGGAAGCACAUUCUUCUCCACCCCAUCAGCGGGAAGUGUUCUACGUUGGCGGCCAAUACGUAACAGACGAAGCCGGACAUCACACGUUACAAGGGCAAAUGUACGUCGAGAGACUUAUCCCAGUAGAAUCAGACAAAUAUCCAAAAAGACCUUCCCCAAUCGUAUUUAUCCACGGCGGAACAAGAUCUGGCGCGGACUGGCUCACAAAACCCGACGGCCAACCGGGCUGGGCCUCGUACUUCCUCUCCCGCGGCUUCGAGUGCUACCUCGUCGACCUGCCCUUCUGCGGCCGCAGCCCCUGGCACCCCGGCAACGGGACCAUGAUCGCGCUCUCGGCCGAGGGCAUCCAGACCAUGUUCACGGCGUGCAGGGACCUCGGCACGUGGCCCCAAGCCAAGCUGCACACGCAGUGGCCCGGCACGGGCAAGAUCGGCGACGCGGUAUUCGACCACUUCUUCGCCUCGACGCAGCAGAUCCUGCCCGACUGGGCCGCGCAGGAAAGGGCCUCGCAGGCGGCCUGCGCCGCGCUGCUCGACCGCAUCGGCCGGCCCGCCGUCCUCGUCGGCCACUCCGCCGGCGCCCCGACGCUCUGGCUCGCGGCGGACGCGCGCCCCGCGCUGGUCAGGACCGUCGUGGCUGUCGAGCCCGCGGGCGCGCCCUUCUUCAGGUUCGGCGUCGCGUCCGGGCCGGGGACCCCGUACGGCGUGUCCAACGCGCCGGUGACGUACGAGCCGCCCGUUGCGAAUCCAGACGUCGAUCUCGAGAGGGUGAUUGCGCGGGCGCCCGGGCCGGAUUUGGUGGAUUGCAUGCUGCAGAAAGAAAAAGGAGAAGGAGGAGAAGAGGGGGGAGGGGACGUCGGUCCCAGGCAGCUAGUCAACCUGACGCACUUGAGGGCGCUCGUCGUCACGGCGCAGGCGUCGUACCACGCGCAGUACGACUGGGCGAUUGUGCGGUACUUGCGGCAGGCUGGGGUUCGGGGGGUGGAGCACCUGAGGUUGGGGGAGAGGGGGAUAUAUGGGAACGGGCAUAUGAUGUUUAUGGAGAGGAAUAGCGAUGAGGUCGCUGCGGAGGUGGUGAGGUGGAUUGAGGAGGAAUAG